AUGAAGUUUAAAUCGACUCUGACCUUGCAGCAAGAUUUUGACCUAUCGAAAGGGGUUGUCUCUUCUGAGUCAAUAUUGAACAUAAUUGCUGAUUUCAAAAGCUGGACCCGUACGGCUCAAUCGGAUUUUCCACCUCCAUCGAUCCUUCGAUUUCCAUUUAUCUACUCGAAGACGGAGAAGUUGGUCUGGCGAUGGGACCAAUUAAGGCUAUGCGGUCAAAGUAUCGAUAUAGUUUUAGAAACUGUGCAGAUACCUGACAAGCAACCCGCCAACUGGUCGGACGCCGAUCAGCAGUAUGUCUCUGUCGAAGGCAGUGCCGUUGAGAUUUUGUCUCCAGCACAUCUUACCAAUCUGGCCUGGGACAGCUAUAAAAUUGGGUUACUUCAGGCGCUUAGGCCAUUCAACUUGAGGGUAAUUCUACUUGGUCUUCAGCGCCACCAGAAAUUACUGAAGUUGCAAAAAGUUUUCCACCGCGAGCAAGAUCCGCUGAGGACAUUUCACCGCCGUCAAGUCGGCUGGUCAACCGAAUUCUGGGUUUCCGAUUGCGUUGUCAUCGACCGAAUGGACGCUGAAAAGCGACAGUCGGUAAUAUCGGCGUUGCGCUCUAACGAGCUGACAGAGAGGGUCUUCAUCUGUGUUGGACUGCCAGUUACCACAUUUGGCCCACUUUUCAAUACUAUCGCCUCCACGUACAACGGCGGUACCGACUCUUUUGAGUUGUCGAAUGGCUUUAUUUGGACAGAGGCCCUGUUGGACUUGCACAAAUUCUCCAUAAAAUCGAUUUCCCCGCAGAACUCUGACCAGCAUCCGUUUCUAAACAUGCAGAGACAGAUGGGCGACAAAUCGUUGCUUGUUGAAGCCAAGUUCACCUUCACGCUGGAAACUUCAACUCGAAUGAAAACAGUCAUUCAGGCGGAGCUGCUCGAAGUGUCCAAUAUUCGCGCCACUUCUACGCACAAACCAAUCAAUCACACAAGAAUUGAGAGUGCGUGA